AUGGCCAAACAGCUGCAGCAUCCACCCAAGUUCUUGCCCUCAGACUGGCACAUUGCUAACAAGAACCAGUACCACAGGGCAGAGGCCCAAAAGUCCCGGUCUGAACGCCUGGUGGCAGAAAGCCAGAGGCUUGUGGAUGAAAUUGAAAAGGCCACAAGAAAAUCUCAAAGCGAUGUGAACAAGAAACUAGAACAGAGACUUGAGGAAAUCAGGUUCUGGAAGAAGGAGUUAGAUGACAAACUUGAGCAGCUGGUGUACACGACCGAAGAUCUACUCAUCUAUCAGACCAGGUUGGAGAAAGCCCUGGAGAGCUUUAAAGAGCCCUUGCACAUCACUGAGAAGUGCCUGGAAUACAGGGAGAAGCGAGUCGGCAUUGACUUGGUCCAUGAUGAGGUGGAGCAGGAGCUGACCAAGGAGGCUGAGAUCAUCCGGGGGGUGAUGGCCCUGCUGACCCGUACCCUGGAGGAGACGUCCGAGCAGAUCAGGCUGAACCGCUCUGCCAAGUACAAUCUUGAAAAGGACUUGAGGGACAAGUUUACAGCCCUGACCAUUGAUGAUAUCUGCUUCUCACUCAACAACAACUCGCCAAACAUCAAAUAUUCUGAGAACGUCGUGAGGGUUGAACCAAACUCCGUGAGUCUGGAGGACUGGCUGGACUUCUCCAACACCAACGUGGAGAAGGCCGACAGGCAGAGGAACAACUCUCUGACACUGAAGGCCCUGGUGGACCGGAUCUUGUCCCAGACGGCCAACGACCUGCGCAAGCAAUGCGAUGUGGUGGACACUGCGUUCAAGAAUGGGCUGAAGGAGACCAAGGACGCCAGGGACAAGCUGGCUGUUCAUCUGGCCAAGGUCAUGGAAGAGAUUGCCUCCCAGGAGAAGAAUAUCACCAUUCUCGAAAAAGCCAUCCUUGACCAAGAAGGACCAGCCAAGGUGGCUCACACACGCCUGGAGACCAGGACACACCGGCCUAACGUUGAGCUGUGCUGCGACGUUGCGCAGUACAGGCUGAUCAAGGAGCUCGACGAGAUCACCCACAACGUUGCGAGGUUAAAGGAAACAUUAGCCCAAGCUCAAGCAGAGCUGAAAGGCCUGAACUGCAGGCAGCUGGCCCUGCAGGAGGAGAUCCAGGUCAAAGAGAAUACCAUCUACAUCGAUGAAGUGCUAUGUAUGCAUGUGAGGAAGUCCAUCCCUCCGCGGGAUGGGGAUGACCACGGGGAGUGGGCCGGGGGCCUCCGGCCAGGCGCCGUCUGCUGAAAGUAGGAUGCUCCUUAAGCCAUUCUCAUUAAAACCGUGUCACAAAACAGUAGCACAGAACUCUCAUUUCAGGUCGGCAGAACUUCCAGCCAGCCCACCAAAAACUCUUGGCUGGGGCUCCAAGCCUGCUCAGGGCCUGAGAUUUGGGUGCAAAGCUCUAUUCCGCUGCUGCUGUCGUGGUUAUUUAAGGGUGAAGUUCCAUGAAUUAGCACAGGCCAUUCUUAUAACAUCACAGGACUUCAGGCCUGGGGGAGGGGACCGAGACGUCUUAGUUCAGACUGAUUUCAAUUCAGAAGUUGGGCUGGAUCCCCUGCUCAGACCACGCCCAUCUUACUCACGAGAGGGCAAGCCAACACGUCUCCUGGCCCUCAAGAUCCAUUUUCCCUAGAAAACAAUGUGGCAAUUGCUG